AUGACGGAAGAGAACUACGUGCAUUGCGUAGAAAACACGAUACGAAUUGCCGAACAGCUGAUGGUGGAUUCCAAGGGGCUGAGGGCAUCGAUGUUUAAGUCGAGGGAGCAGGCUACGAACCAGAUGUACGCCCAGUCUCAAAUGGUAGAGAUGAUCAUGAGGAGACGAGUGUAUGAUAUACAAAGGGCAAGAAACGAGAUGGAAUGGCAGAAAUAUAAGUUAGAGACAAAUCUGCAAAAGGUUGAAAGGGAGAUUGAGGCUUUGCGAGCAGCUGUAGCUGAUAAAAUAAAUCCGACCAAGCUAGUAGAAACAAGACUGGAAACACGCACCAGGAGACCAGUCCUCGAAAGAGUCCAAGAUAAACCGAUGCGCGGUUUGAUAGAAGAAUACGAGAGGAUCCAUAUGAGCUCAAACAUGUUGCAGAAGAAGCUAGAAGAUGCGCUAGCUACCUACCACGACAUGUACAACCAUCAUCAGCGCGUGGUCAAGGACUUGGAAUACAAGAACCAAGCCCUGGAGACGGAUCGACGACUCAUAGAAAUACGGAAACCUCUCCACGCACCCGACGAAACCCAGUUCAAACGGAACGUGGGCUACUGUCAUAUGGCCAACGAAAUGGUGCCGGAG